AUGUUUGGCCAACCUGCCUCGAGCCAAGGAGGCUCCAGCAACCUCUUCUCUGGUCUGAACCUAAACACAGGUACCACCGAUGCCCAGGGCAAACGAAAAUCAAUCUUUGAUGCCUCCACCUCGCAAUCAACAUCGCAACCGUUCAGUUUCCCUAGUCUAAACACCAACACUACAACAAACAAUACGAGCAAUGCGUCCGGCGGCAUAUUCAGUCUAGGCGCUCCUCCAAAGACGUCUGCUCCCUCGUUUUCCUUCGGUCCCAGCACUACUACUUCCGCUGCGCCAUCAACAGGUAUGUUCGGCUCUACCACCACUACCGCCGCGCCUUCCACUGGUCUGUUCGGAGCCGCAGCAUCUACAACUCAGCAACCUGCCUCUGGGACGUCACUUUUCGGUGCCUCAACGACCGGACAACAGUCUACAGCUGCCGCUCCACCCGCGACUCAACAACAACAAUCAGAUGCUCCUGCGACACAAACACGAGAUGCCGCCUACUUCAGUAGUUUACUGGAAAGACAGAAGAAAAAACCAAAAUUAAAAACCGAGGGUAACCCUGGCUUGGGUCAAUUAUCCGGGCUCGACAUGGAUUUGGGGGAUUUGGCUAGACGUGCGCAGGAAUUGAGGCAGCGUGGUUCAAGACCGGCAGACACCCUUACCGACAGUCGGGCACAUUACUUGCUUGCGGGCUCUGGAAUAUCCCCUGGUCAAGCCUACAAAGAUUUUCAGUCUUUGGGUCCCGACGAAACCCUGUCAGCACCGCGAAAUGUUACACCAAGUUUUGCUGAAGAGUCAAGUGCCUACCUUCGAGAUGUUCGGGUUAAGGGACGUGAUGUAAUGCUGCGGGAAAGCAUGGAUCGAGUGUAUCGUGAAGUGGGCAAUUUCAUCGAGGAAAGUCUGGGCGUCGACUUCGAAGAGCAAAAGAUGAGAAUCAUGCAGCACUUUGGACUCGCACUCCCAGACUCCGGUGGUGAUGCUACGGAAUCUCGGGGAGGCGGCUUCGGCAGAUCUGCCAAAGGAGGGAGGACAGGGUCGGUGGGAGCCUCAAAGACUGUCAGGAGCGUCUUUGGACGGUCCGCGAUCGACAAAUCUAUUAUCGGCACUCCUGGCUCUGGUUUGGGGACAACGUCCUUCUUUAAGAGUGAUGGGCCUGUUUCGACCGCUUUUGGCCUGACUAAGGGGCAGAGCUUACGCGAUCUACGCGAAAAGGAACGAUCAUUCAUUGAAAAAGUUCAGCAGCUUAACCAUGCGCGAUUACAGGACCAGAGCUACCCAAUCUUACAGAAAUUCGCCGAGGCAGAGAAUGAAAACCCUGGAGACAGCCCUCGACAACUAAUCGAUGCUUACCAUGCAUUACGCGAAAUUACCAGAGAAGGGAAAACGCUUCUAAAAGAGCGACAAUUCAUGGAUGCCUAUCUCGACGAAAAGGAGGAUGUCCUGUACCUGAAGCUGAAGAAACAAACCUUGGAAGGUUCACGUAGUUAUUUGGAAAAAGCGUUUUGGCGGGACUUGAGAUCGCUCGUCGACAAAAAUCCUCGCGAAGCUGCAUUAGGGGGCCAACCAUCCGUGUUGAACAUCGUCCGUGCUUAUAUUCGGAUACGCGCUAUUCGAAGAGAUCUCGUCCCUGAUGGAGCAGAGCUGCAACAGAUCGGGGGUGAGAACGGCGACUAUUGUUGGGCGCUCAUCUUUUACCUGUUGAGAAGUGGGUGUAUAAAGGAAGCGGCAGAUUAUGUGAAAAACGACCCUGCUUUCCAAUCCAUGGACCGAAGAGUCAUCUCAUAUGUGACGGCCUACGCAGAUGGUCCAGACCGACGCUUGCCCAAGGGGGUACAAAACAUGAUCGACAAUGAAUACCAGAAGCUGACCAAGCUGGCUCCAAAGAAUACUGUUGAUCCAUACAAGGUAGCUUGUUAUAAAGUGAUCGGUCGUUGCGACCUGACGACGAGAAACUUGGAAGCCAUUGGUCAAGGCGUCGAGGACUGGUUGUGGCUGCAGUUCAGCCUUGCUCGGGAAACAGGUCGAAGUGAAGAGUUGGCUGGAGAGAUCUUUGGGUUGGAUCAGAUUCGGGAGACCGUGGCCGAGAUUGGUCAAAAGCACUUCCAGAAGACCCAGGUCGAAGGCUCAAGUGCGUAUGGUACGUUCCUGCUCAUGCAGGUUCUCGCCGGUAUGUUCGAGCAAGCAGUCGAAUACCUGCACAGUUUCAAUCCUACCAGUGCGGUCCAUCUCGCCAUCGCCCUUGCAUACUAUGGCCUACUCAGAGUCUCGGACUUCUCUGUUGCAGGCAACGAGCUUUUGACAUAUUCGACCACGCAAUUACCGCAAAUUAACUUCGUACCACUUGUGGCAUACUACACUGGUACCUUCCGGACGGCCUUGCCCGUUGCUGCUGUCGACUACCUUGCUUUGCUCUGUCUUAACUCCGACCUUAAGCCUGCAAGUCUAGGACUGGUCCAUACCAAUGCUUGCCAUGAGUGCUUACGGGAACUGUGCCUGGAGACUCGGGAAUUUGCCAAACUGCUUGGCGAUAUUCGAAGUGAUGGAACGAGAAUCCCAGGGGCGAUUGAGUUGCGUGCCAAAUUGAUCCAUCUCGACUCUCGCGACGAGUUUUUGCGAUCGAUCACGAGCCAAUCUGCAGCAAUUGCAGAUCAGCGAGGACAAAUUUCUGACGCGGUGCUGCUGUAUCACUUGUGCGAAGACUAUGACAAUGUUGUCACGGUGCUCAAUCGCGCCCUCGCAGAUGCAGUUUCUUUGGAUCUCGGGGAGUCGCCUAUACAGUUGCAGCCACUCAAACCACGAAGAGCCGAUGGACAGAGUGAAUCAGCCAGCACUCAAGGCAAUGGUCCUCAGUCGUCCCUGUCAUUGACCCAAUCUACCUCGUCUCCCGUGGAUCUAGCUCGCAAUAUGAUCUCCCUCUAUAACGACAAUGCGCUCUAUUACAACAAGAUAUCAGCCAGCAAUCGAGAGGUCUGUGGAGUCCUCCUUCGGUUGUUGUCCGUCCGGGCCAAUCUUGAGGCGCAACCACCAAGAUUCAUGACAGCGCUAGAGGAACUCAAUGAUCUUAAUAUUCUGCCACUACGGGCCAACGGCAAGAUCGCAGAGAUUCGUGCUGCGGCUGAUUCUUUCGCUCAACUGCCCCAAGUGCUUGCCCGGUGUGCUGGCAUCAGUGUGGUCUGGGCAGUGCGAGCGAUAGGAGGGGAGAGGGAGAACAUUCUACGAAAUGGAAGAUGGGAAGCUGGUUAUGCAGGUGAUACGGACGUGAUGAAGGAUCAGCUAAGUAACAUGGCGAAAGAUCUGAUGGUGUUUGCCGGGCUGGUCAAAUACAAGCUGUCGGGGCGUGUCUAUGAUAUGUUGACCCGAGCUGGAGGAGAUGUCGGGGCAUAUUGA